AUGCCUGCUACUCCUGCUACAACUAGUACCGGCGCAACAGCACAGCCACCCGUAACCGCUACCAUCAGCCUCAAACUCCCACCAUACUGGCCAUCUGACCCAACAAUAUGGUUCACCCAAGUGGAAGCACAAUUCACCACUCGAGGCAUAACCUCCGAACCCACCAGAUAUGCUUAUGUGGUGGCGUCCCUGCAGCCAUCUAUAGCGCAGGAGGUGAGGGAUAUUUUAAUAACUCCACCCUCAGAGGCUCCAUACACAACGCUAAAAAAGGAGCUUAUCAAGCGCACAUCUCAAUCUGAACAAAAACGCUUGCAUCAACUCUUGACAACAGAGGAGUUGGGGGAUCGAAAGCCCUCCCAACUGCUCCGCAAGAUGCAACAGCUCUUGGGGGAGCGAACAUUGGAGCCAUCAAUAAUGAAACAACUUUUUCUCCAGCGGCUUCCAACCAAUGCUCGGCUAAUUCUUGCUUCCACCUCAGAAGAGGUCGACAUCGACCAAUUGGCAAAGUUAGCAGAUAAAAUCAUGGAAGUCUCCCCUACCCAGGCACCCGUCUCUGCACACAUCACUACCAUUGAAUCUCCGCCACCAACCGAAAUUCAACAACUGCGGGCCGAAGUAGCGAAUUUGGCAUCAAUGAUAUCCACCCUCACCAGCCGUCCACGUGAACGCAGUCGCAGCCGCAGUCAACCGCGUCGCCAACGCACUGAUGACCGUAGAUCAGCAGCCACGGCCACGCACGAUGCAGAGUGUUGGUACCACCAGAAAUUUGGAGCUAUGGCCCACAAAUGUACGCAGCCAUGUUCUUAUAAGGCCGGUUACCAGGAAAACGACCAAGCCGGCAAGUAG